AUGUCUUCGGAAAAGUUAAAGGUGGCCUUUUUGGGCCCAUUGGCCUCCUUCUCGCAUCAGGCUGCCGCGGAAUCCUUUGCUAAAACAUCCGCCGAGUUACUCCCCCACGUUUGCUUCGCCGACGCCUUCGCCGCAGUCCAAGAACAACAAGCCGAUUACGCCGUGAUCCCCUGCGAAAAUUCCACCAAUGGCUCCGUCGUCCAAACGCUAGACCUCCUCGCCGACCGAUCAAACCUAUAUAAAGAUGUCAAAGUAUGCGGCGAAUACUACCUAACCGUCCACCACUGUCUGCUCGUCCACAAGGGCUCAUAUCCGGGUGGCCUACCCAGCUACGACGGCAAAAUCACAAAGUUAUAUACACACCCGCAAGCCUGGGGCCAAUGCGACAAGUUCCUGGCCAAAUAUUUCAAGGGCGUCGAGCGGCAGGAUGUCUCGUCUACAUCCAAAGGAGCGGAGAUCGUGUCGAAAGAGACCGAGGCCGACGAGCGCGGAGGUGCCAUCGCGAGCCGAUUCGCGGCCGAGUAUCACGGCGUCGACGCUUUGGAGGAGAAUAUCGAGGAUCGCGCGGAUAAUACUACCCGCUUCCUGAUUCUGAGGAAUAUCCUCGCAGACCGGACAGCGGGGCUGGAAUUCGAACAGCCCGUUCUCAAUGGAGAUGCGAAAACCCACUCCGCAGUCAUGCACAAGACUCUCAUCUCCUUCUCGAUCGACCACUCUUCGCCAGGAGCUCUGGCAAAUGCGCUGCUCAUUUUCAAGGCCCAUGGGUUGAAUCUGACGAGUAUCAACACAAGGCCUAGUUUGAAACGGGCCUGGCAGUAUAUUUUCUUCGUCGAGUGCAGUCGCACACCGUGUGUUGAGAAUGACGAUGCGGUAUUGAACGCUUUGAAUGAUCUCAGAGGUGUUACUGAGUCAUGUAGAGAUUUGGGAACUUGGAAAGAUCAGUUGGGCGUGAGCGUUUAG